AUGUCACACACGCCUCAACAGUCGCCGAUCAAGGCAUCGGCUAGUCAGAGUCAGGAGGACCUCAAGACUUAUGAAGUGAUUGAUCAACCCUUGCAAGACGAGCUCGAGGAUGAUGACGACGAUGAUGAAGUGAUGGAUGACGAGAUGCCACAUCCGGAGACUCAGAUAAAGCAACAGCUAGAGUCGCAAGUGCCAGCCAGGACCCAGGAAACGGACGUCAACAUAGAUGCUCCCGUACCAGUACCAGUACCUGUGAUCGAGCAGCGCCGACAACGAACUCGAACCCCUGAGCCUAAGCAGCGUGUCAGCCAGAGAGUCUCGGCACAGCGCUCACCCGGAUCACCAGGUCGUAUUGAACCAUUCGACUGGGAGGCUUUCGAGAGCCGCUAUCAGAAGGCCCUUACCGAAGCUGAUCAGAAAGAAAGCGAGUUAUUGGCCGAGUUUGAAGAUCUUGUCAAGUAUUUUAACGUUUGGGCUUCCGCAUCUUCAACCCAUGACAGUGAGAGGGCAGUCAAAAGGCUUCAGACCCGCAGCCGAUUUGUUCAUCUUUCUGAGAAUAAGCUGAAACAGAAGAAAGAACACCUAUCGGAAGUUGUCAAAGCUUUCCAGAGUGCCUUGGCUUUGCUGAGCGCCACACGAUGA